GACUCACACGUUACACGACAAUGCUAAGUGCCGGAUUCCAAAUCUAGUCGUGAACAGAUCAAGCCGCAACUGUGGGAGCGGACAGACGUAUUCCGGAACCUGUGUCAAAUCCUAGCUAUGGAAACGUUAGCCGAAGAGGAGAGCAACUUUGAAUAUUACGAGGCAUUUUCUCUGUUUGACAAGGAUGGUGACGGUAGUAUAACGACUAAGGAGCUUGGUACUGUGAUGAGGUCAUUAGGACAGAAUCCAACAGAGGCCGAGUUACAGGAUAUGUUAGGGGAGGUGGAUGUUGAUGGAAACGGAACGAUAGACUUUGAAGAAUUUCUGGAGAUGAUGUCUGAGAAGCACGUGGGACUUAUCGACCCCGAGGAAGAGUUACGCCAGGCUUUCUCCGUGUUUGACAAGGAUAGUAAUGGCUAUAUCACGCGAGACGAACUAAAACACGUGAUGACCAAUCUCGGGGAGAAGUUAACGGACGCUGAAGUUGCUGAGAUGAUUCGAGAGGCAGACAUCGACGGGGAUGGCCAAAUAAACUACUAUGAAUUCUCUUUGAUGAUGAAACCAAAAUCUUAACGUUCGCUAAAACAUUUAUCCGUGCCAUCGAUUCGAAUCAACUGAAAUUGCGUGAUCAUUCACAGACGUUAAUGAGUGGACCACUUUCUGGCCUCCUCAAGAAAAGAGCCAUCAGAUGAUGUCACAAUAUCACGUCGAUCUCAGUGAAAUGUGGGUUGUGUUGCC